UUCUGGGUUGGUGAUUUCUUUCCCCUUAUGUUUGUGGUUAGAGGCAGAAAAGAAAGCCAAAGAGCCGUGUGGAUUCAAUUGAGCCAUUUUUGCUAUGAUAUACCUAGAAAAUAUUAGAGAUAUCACCAACCCAACUCACUCACCCCUUGCCAUGAUUUCUCUUCUGAAAAGGCCACCCCACUUCUUCUCUUUCUUCCCACUAUAGAGAAACUCGAUAAGCUACCUGGCUUCUUCUCCAUCAUUUCAUUUCUCUUUUUUCAAGUAAAUAGAUUAAAAAAUACACUGAAUAACAUAUACACAUACCCCAUCUCUCCAUACAUAUGUAAGUGAUGAACGUUGUAAUUUCACUGCUAUUUUUUUCUAAAUUUUGACUGCAAGAGAUGGGGUUUCUUGGACAUGAUGCAUCUAAUCUUAAAGUCCUAGACUGUUUACUGAGGUUGUUUGUGAUUCCCUUAAGUGUGGCCUCCAUAUGGCUGUCUGUCUCCAACCAACAGGACAAUAGCAGUUAUGGGAGAAUUGAAUUCAGCAAUCUCACAGUACUCAAGUACAUGGUUGGCAUUAGUGCUGCAUCAGGUGGAUAUGCUCUUCUUACUGCUAUAUCUUUGUGGAUCAGGAGUUUAGUCUCUAAAGCAUGGUUCUUCUUUCUUUCUGACCAGAUUGUAGCAUACUUAAUGGUUACAUCAUUGGCUGCAAUCGGGGAAAUUCUUUACUUAGCCUAUAAUGGUGACCAGAAGGUGACAUGGAGUGAAGCCUGCAGUUCAUAUGGGAAGUUCUGCAUUAGAUUGAAGCUGGUUUUGGUUCUCCAUGCCAUCACCCUUUGCUGUUUCCUUGUAUUAGCUGUGAUUUCAGCUUACAGGGUCUUUAGCAGAUUUCAGCCUCCUUAUGUUCAUAGUAAGGAGAAUGAAGAAGAAAAGGAAAUUCAUAAAUGAACUCGUUUCCCUGUUUCUAUAGUCAAGUGGUGUUAAUAGUUUUGGUACCAAAAAUUUCACAUACACGGAUCGACCCUUGAUCAGUCCAAUUCAGUUGACAUUAUCUGAUAUUGUUGUUACCACUUUUGAGAUGGGCAAAAGAUUGAGGAUUGUCCUUUGUGUUAAUAUAGUGUUUGAUGAAUAAAAGUGUUUGUCUUUAAAACUCUG